AUGCAAGUGUGUAUCUCCAACGAUGGCCGUGCGCUGAGUCGGAGCAAGGUGUGGCGUGUGUCAUCCAUGUCGCAUGGAGCGACGGACGAUGGCAUGCAUGCGCCACUAAUGCUGGCGCAGACGUCCCCAUCACUAGGGGACAGUCCAUGGGGUGCAUGGCCCUCCGCCACCGAGCGCGAGCAAGAGCGGCGCGAACGGGCAGGUGCGCGGCUACGCUCGCUCGUCGAAUCGGUGCACGCAUGCCCCUCGAACGAUGCUGACACCAUGCUGGCCGUCGCACAUGAAGUGCACAAGCUGUUGUGGGAGAACGGGAGUCAUCAAGCGCGGGUGUACGAAGGAUUUGGCGACUGCGGGGGCUUUCUUGCGAUCGGCAAACUAAUCGCGGCCGUCCAGCGUGGACGCGAAGAGCCCAGCGCAUCGCGCGGCACAGAGCUGCUCCUUCUUACUCUCGCCAUCUUGACCGACGCCAUAUCGCACAGCCCAUCGAAUCUGCUGGCGUUUGAGCACAGCCUUGGAUGGGACGCUCUCGUGCUCUCCCUCAACGCGGCCGUCUCCAUGCCCGAUCGCGUCGUCGCUCUGCUCUUUGGCAUGAGCAUUGGCCACGUCGCCGAGGGUGUCCACCAAUUCCGCGCGGUCUCGCACGCCACAGGCUCUGUCCCGCCGUGGCAUCGAUCGGUGAUCCAUCCACAAGCUCUGUUUCGAGCCGUGUGCCUGGCUGAGGAUGCGUGUGCACCGCCGGUGGCACGUACCGCCUAUGUGCUUCUGCACGACCUGCUGUGUGAUAAUGUCCGGAAUGCAGUCGUGCUCUCCCGCACGCCUCUCUUAUCACGCGUCCUCCGCACCUGGCUCCGAGGAUCUGCCGACGAACAACGCGUCCUGCGCCUCUUACUUCUCGACGGCAUGAAAAGCGCCGCAGAUGUGCGCACCGUAUUUCAGCACCUUCUUGAGGCACCAUCACUUCACAAGGAAUGUGCGCGCCUCGAGUUACUGCACCACGUUGCCGUAUCUGUGCAUCGCCCCGCUGCCCUCGUGCUCCCUGCACACGAUACCCAUCCAGCGACUGUGCAUAUCUCCGCGCUGCAUCGCCCCUUUCCACCAGACGCGUCGUCGGGAUUCACGCUGGCCCUCGCGGUGGAACUGCAUCAUAUGGCGUCCCAAGGCACACUGGACCUCGUGCAUGUGGGCCCCGAGGGCACAGCCAUGCGUCUCUCCCUCCAACUAGAAGAUCGCUCGCUGGUCUACUCACCAGGCCACGCCACAUCAUAUGCACUGCCACGCACACAGCUCGCCACGCACACGCCACAGCACAUUGUGCUCACACACGCCAGGUCAGCGCCGCAUGUGGCAUCGACCGUGCACGUCUACGUGAACGGCCAACGAGCGUGCACCUUACAAGCACCGUGGCCGGGUGCAUUGCCUCACCCAGCGCCUGUUUCGCUGGGCAGCACGUCACCAGGCUCGGUGUGGUCGCUCUCAUCGGCCUUUUUGCAUGACCAGGUGGUGCCGUCCAGCAUCCCGCAGCUCUUGUAUGAGCUCAUGCCCGUGUACACAGGUCACUUGCAGGGACCCCUCGCGCGGUUUCUAACGUAUCCGAGCAUGGCCCAUCUACAAGCGCGUCUGGAUGCGCUGGGCGAUGCGUCCUCGCCGCCCAGCCAGGCCUAUGCUUCACUCCAUGCAGCCAUGUACACGGCCGCCGCGCAUGUCUUCCCCGCCUUUGGAUUCUACUUUCACUUGCAAGCCGCGCACACGGUGCGUGUGGACGGGAAAGUGCUGGUGCCCAAUGAAGCGACAGAAAUGUCGAGCGGCGGCCACUGUAUCGUGCACGGCGUGCCGACGGUGCGUGUACCACGCGCCUUGGGCGAUGCUGUAUGGGGCAUCGGCGGCUGUGCCGUACUGCUGGCCCUGAUCGAGCGCGCGGACUCGAGCGAGGCACUCGAACACACGCUGCGUUUGUUUCUUCGCCUCGUCACGCAUUCGUGGCGCCUCGCCGAGGAUGCUGAAAGAUCCCAUGCCUAUGGCGUCCUGGGCGUCCUCCUUCGCAUGCAUGCUCCCAUGCUGACGCCGCAGAUCGUGUCUCUACUUGAAAACGCCGUCGUGGUCGAUGAUCAGCUCGUCAACAUUCCUCUGUACCGCGCGAUCCUCAUGGACGUGUCUCUAUGGAUCCGCGCACCGCUCGAUGUCCAACUCGCGUAUAUGCACCACUUCGCGCGUGUGCUUCCGCUAGGCAGUCGCCGACUCCGUGACGUGCAUCUCAUUCGUCGUCUCGUACACGGGGCACGCGCCGCUCCCUUUGUCCCUGUCGACGUCAUCAAUCACAUCGCAUCGCUCGCUUUGCAUCAUUAUUUCCGACCUCGCAACAUCCAGGCGACCGUGCACUUUAUCACACUCGUGCUGGGGCACACCGCUCCAUCUGCUCAUACCCUCGGUGCUACGGGCCCACGCACAGAUGCAGACACGGCCUAUCCACCCACAGCAUGCUCCAUGGCGCUCGUCCCGCGGUGUGCGAUGCCCGAUGCACGUGCGCUUAGCAUGGCACGAACAUGGCUCGAUGUGCUCGUGCGCAUAAUGGCAGAUGAUGCGCGCCGUGCUGCCAUGGUCGCCGAUCUCGUGCACCCUAAAUGGCUCUUGAUGCUCGUUCGUCCCGGACUCGCUCGCGACGACGUGCCUCUGGUUCUAGAGUUUGUCGGCAUGCUGCUCAGCACAUCGCCCAGUCUCGCACAAACCUGGACGCGUCUCGGUGGCUUCCGCGUCUUAGAGCGCACACUGCCCCCGCACUGGGACGUGCCUUGCGUGCUCCCGUGGAUGUGGACGCUCCUGCUCGGCCCUCACGCUCCCAAGUCGUCCUUAUACCAUACAUUUGCUCACGCUACAGCCGUCGCGCAUCCACAGGCUCUGCGUGUCAUUGUGCAGUGCAUGGCUCAUGGCAUGAUGGCAUGCCGCACGGCACCUGCCAAGCGGCGUGCAUCGCUGCCCCACAUUCCCGCACCGCCUCCGGGUCUGACCGCCCUCGAAGACUCGGUUCGCUUGCUCGUCGUUCACUCCCACAACGAGGAUGUACGUGCCCUUCUCAUGCUCGCUCCGACCCUCGUUGCCGUGCUUCGCGCCACGGCGCCGUGCUUUGUGGACGAGCCAUGCGGUCCGCGUGUAUGUGCAUUGUGUGAUGCCCUCGUGGAUAUGCUCGCGGCCUGCAUCGCCGAGCUCGUGCUAUCGUCGCACACCCUUACCCUUCUGCACAAUUUGCAUGCGGUAGCGAUGCCCACCUCCGAUCCACUUAUCCAGUCACGGCUCUGUACGGCCGUCUACAUCCCCCUACUUGCGCGCAUCGACAGUCUCAUUCGCACUCGCCCCGUCAUGCGACAUACCCUCGAGCUCGUCGCCGACAUGCUCGAAAUGGCCUCCAAUGAAUCACUGCGCUCCCUCCUGCUCCAACUGCGCAUCUUCGAUCUCGCACAGGUCAUUGUCUAUGCGCCCGCCGCCCUCGUUUCCUUCAAGACACGCAUGCAAACGACGUUGGCACUCGAACGAAACGUGCUCCAUUCUUUUGCCACAGAUGAGCCCUCAACCACACUGUCUUUUUGCUACGAAGCACGCCUAUUCUUACUCACUGACGCGUCUGAUCUGGGAUUCAUCCAGUGCGUCGCGCACCAUGCCACCAAACACCGCACUACGCACCCUCAGGCUCAGUCGUGCCUCUUGUACAUGAGCGCUCAUUGGCCAGAUCUUGUCAAAGACCCACUCGCAGAUACGCCUCCGCCCUUCGGCGCUGUGUGGGCUUCGACACUCGCUUCGCAGCAAACGUUUUUGCGCUCUUUGGCACGCGAUCGCAUCAAAACAUGGCGCUGCGAGCCAUCCUCUCUCGCCCUGUCAACCUUGCAGCUGCAUGCACGGAUCGGUGCAUGGCAUACAGCGCUUCGAGACAACGACUCGGUGCGCUCAGCCAGACAGGCUCAAGACACACGCGAAGACAUCGCGUUCAUGCGUCGACAAUGGGCCGACAUGCGAGAUUCGCUUCGACUACCCUCCCCUGACGUAUCGUCCAUGGAUUGGCACCUCGAUCCCACCGAAGGCCCGUCGCGUGCGCGCAUCAAGCUGUGGUCCGUUCCGCACCGCGUCAUGCAGACCCAUGUGUCCAUGCCCGUGGCGCCCGACGUGCACAUUCAUGUGUCUGAGCAGGACGCCGUGCCACUGCCCGAGCAUAUCGACCUAGAUGCCAUGCCUGUGGUAGACACGCGUCCCUCUUCCGGCCAUACGGCACCCAAUGUCGCCUCACCAUCACCCGCGCACAUGGCCAUCGCUCCACCGGACGACUUGAGUGACAAGAUCCGCUGCAUUCUGCGCACCCUUGAACCUGGUGACAGUGUGAAGGAGAUUCUCAACACGUCGCGUGUCGUCGGCAUUGACGUCCAGAGCAGCCUGCUUAUUGCUGGUGCUCAGCAUCUGUACUUGUUGGACGAUUACUUCCAGCGCCCGAACGGUGAAAUCGUCAAUGUCUGGGAAGCUCCGCCACACGAGCGCGAUGCCUUAAUCGUGGCGGCCGGUGUCGCACAGGUGGCACAAAGCAGCACACCCGUGCAGAUAUGGCGCUGGGAACAACUCCGACUUUGUCUGGACCGUGCAUGGCUGCAUCGGCGAACGGCGCUGGAACUUUUCUUCCACGAUGGGCAGAGUUGCUUGCUCGUUCUGCCUACACAAGCGCAUAUGACGUGCUUGAAAGAUAUGGUGCGUGCUAAGGCGCCUUCGGCCUUGUCGGACAGCGAAGCCCUCGUGGAUGGCGUCCGAGAAAUGACAACGGCGCCUGCGCGUCUCAAGGGCGUUAUGCUCCGGCGCUCUCCGGUCGGUCGCGAGACGUUGGCCUGGCAGGAACGGCGCAUGUCCAAUGCCGAGUACCUCAUGGCACUUAACACCGUGGCAGGGCGCACUAUGAACGAUCUAACACAAUUCCCUGUGUUUCCGUGGAUUUUGGCCGAUUAUACUAGCAUGACGCUCGACCUGACGCAUCCAGAAAGCUUCCGGCAGCUGGACAAGCCCAUGGGUGCUCAGACGGAGGCACGCCAUGCCGAGUUUGACGAGCGAUACGAGCAAUUGCUUCAAGUGCAACUAGAGCCCUUCCACUACGGCACCCAUUAUUCCACGGCUAAUUCUGUCUGUGGCUUCCUCGUACGAGUCAUGCCUUUUGCACAGAUCCUGCAAAGUAUGAAUGGCGGCUCAUUCGAUCUACCUGACCGCUUGUUUGCUUCCGUCGGCCAUGCCUGGACUUCGGCCAGUGAAAAAUCGCGCGCUGAUGUACGAGAGCUGAUCCCCGAGUUCUUCUUUCUUCCUGAAAUGUUCAUCAAUAUGCACCAACUAGACUUUGGCACGACUCAAGCUGGCACACAAGUAAAUCAUGUCGCCCUGCCUCCAUGGGCGCAAAAUGACCCCUUCCUCUUUGUACAAAAGCACCGCGAAGCGCUGGAAUCUGACCAUGUGAGUGCACAUCUGCACGAAUGGAUCGAUCUCAUCUUUGGAUAUAAAUCACGAGGACCAGAGGCCGUGGCGGCUACGAACGUGUUCCAUCCUAUGUCGUAUGCUGAUAGUGUCGAUCUUGAAGGCAUUGACUCGGCACUUGAGCGCCAGGCUGCUGCACAAGUCGUGCACAACUUUGGACAAACACCCGCCCAGCUUUUUUCUCGUCCGCAUCCGCCACGGCCACCGCGGGCACAGCCAGAGCCAUGGCAGGCCACAGACCUGCUAUUAUACCCAUCAUAUCUGCUUCAAAGCGUAUUGCCCAUGACAGUAGCACCUGGCCCCGUCGCCCAUAUGAUCGGCCUACCAGAAUCGCUUUGUGCCUCGACGCGCGAUAAAAUCCACUUGCUUGAUGCCAAUCUUUCUCUCUCCUUUGGGUACGUCGAUAAUUCUGUGCGAUUUUUGGAUCAUGAAGACGAUCUUGUCGCUAUGCUGGAGCACGCAUCAGUCGGGCGGAUCUCUUGCAUGGUCAUUUUGCGAGAUGUGGUCGUUCUCGGAUCUGAUGAUGGCAUGACGCAAUUAUAUGCACUACACUUACCCAAUCCCCACCUUGAAACUCGUGCAGCCUUACCGGGUCAUACUGCCGGCGUAUUGUGCUGUGCGGCCUCGUCGACAUGGAGUAUUGCGGUCACAGGCAGCGCUGACCAUUCGGUUAUCGUAUGGGACUUGAACCGGUGCCGCUUUGUUCGACAGCUCAAGGAACCAGACCAACCUAUCCAGCUUGUGGCCAUUGAUGAUCAGCGUGGAUGGAUUGCCGCCGCGGCUGGCUCUGAAGUAUGGGUGUGGUCGAUCAACGGUUUCUUACUGGUGCAUCAAAGCACACGCAGUGCCACCAACGAUCCACCGUCGAGCAUGACAUUUGUGGCCCGCGAUUUUCAUGUGGACAAAUUGGGUGUUUUGGUGACGGGGCAUCGUGACUGCAUCGUGAUGUGGGACAUUGUAUCGAAUCAUGCACGUGCCACACCGCCUCGAUGGCGCUUGGAGAAGAAUACGGUAUUGUCUCUGCGCCAAAGCAGCAAAGCCACCUGCCUUUACAUGCCAAACACUUCUACGCUCUGCACAGGCCAUGAGGACGGAGAAGUAUAUGUAUGGACACUACCAGGUGCAGCGACAUUGCCCAAAGCUCCUCAGGAGCAAUGCAUCGGCCAAUGUGACCACCGUUUCGGCUUCUUAGACGUAAAACGAGCCUGUCAGGGCUGCGGCGCUUUGAUAUGCAACAAGUGUUCCAUAUCGUGUGCCAACGGCCAACUGCGGCUUUGUAUACCAUGCACAGGUAUACUUGGUUCCAGGGGUAUGAGUCUUUAG